AUGCCCCCUGCAACGUCCUCCUUAGGACCACCCCUCGGUGGUCCCUUCGCCCACCUUCCGAAACCCCAGCAUCUUGUGCGGCCCUCCCUAACAGCCUACGCAGCAAACCACCCUGUCCUUAAAGACCACGGCUCUCAGAGGGCAGGACGAGAAGAUGUCAGGGGAGCCUUCAGAAAGAAGGUGUCACCUAAACUGAUACUGACGUCCGGGGUCCCCUCGUGCGAGGGCCCACCCAGAGCUGCCUUCAGGCGACAACCGCGCGAGCCAGCCACCCUAGGGAGGGAGCGGAGACUGAGGCAGUGUCCCCGCCCUCAGGAUGACAAGGACCCCGCGCGGGGGGGCAUCACCGGCCGAUCGCCGAGGAGUCCUGGAGGGCGCGGAGCCCCCUCGGAGCCACCCCGAAGCCGAGACAAUGCCCGGCGCCCGGACGCGCGGCGGUCGGUUCCGCUCCGCGACCCUGUCCCCGCUUGGCGCUCAGGGCGGCGGCCGACACCUCGGGCAAGCGACCCCGCGGCGCCCCGCUCGGAUGUGCCACACCCGGGGGGGAUCCCCGUCCGACCCCGGGAUUCCUGCCUUCUCGGAGACCCCUGCCGCCUGGGAUCCCAGUCCGGCCCCAGCACCCCCGCCCGGUUCUGGGACCCUAAUCCGGCCCUGGGACCCCCGCCCGGCCCGGGACCCCUGCCUUUUCGGAGACCCCUGUCUCCUGGGAUCCCAGUCCGGGCCCGGGAGCCCCGCCCGACCCCGGGAUCCCAGUCCGGCCCCGGGAGCCCCGUCCGACUCAAGACCCCUGCCCUCCUCCCCGUCCGGCCCUGGGGACCCCCGCCCGGCUCUGGGACCCCAGUCCGGCCCCGGGACCCCCGUCCGGCUCUGGGACCCCAGUCUGGCCCUGGGGACCCCUGUCCGGCUCUGGGACCCCAGUUCGGCCCCGGGACCCCCGCCCGACUCGAGACCCCUGCCCCACCCUGGACCCAGCCCGGCUCUGGGACCCCUGACUCCCGAGGAUCCCCCCGACCGCCCGAGACCGCCGCUUGGCCGUGA